CACUCUUUGGCUGCGCUUCCCGUCUCCUCAACCCAAAUCAUUUGCCAUCGAAGGAAACCGAAGAGUGGGCCUACCGUUUUCUAUGAAUUUGGUCAACACACGAAGUACAGGCUAGUAGCUACAUUUGUUAAUAUGGGUUAUUUUCAGUGUUUAUUGUAAAAGGUUGCGCGCGCAACAAAAUGAAUUUCAUCAACGAUUUUUGCGUUGAGAUUGCCGUUGUUUAUUUAGAUUGUGACGGUAUGCAGACAUGAUUUGUAAUUUGAGCACUGUAUCCGACAGUACUUUUCCGAAGGAAUAUCAAUGUUUUAACUUGGCACCUGAGGAAUGAUUUGAAUCCAAUCAAAAUGGCAUCGGUAAGAUCACUGUGAUGCGUGUCUUUCAGCAGAUGUCGGGUGGAAUUUUCUAUAUCAAUUUAGGAAGAUACUCUUAAUACCUAAUAGGUUUGAUCGAGGUUUAGUAAUGAUUAAUUAAUACGAAAAUUGUAUUUCACUGUAAUUUCUCAGCCAUACAUAUUUUCAUAGUAAAAUGAACGAGGGGAAAUGCACUAGGCUACUUGUGUGGUUAUUCUAGCUUGUGACAUUUCUUUCAUACAUAUAAACGGAUAUUACAUAAUUGUAGACCUAUGAUCACGUCUGUCUUGGCUAUGCCAAGUUUAUGAAUCAUACAACCUAUUUGGAGUUACAUAACAGUGGUUUAUUAAAAUAUUAAAGAUUUUGAAUGCAUUUUGAACAAUUCUUAUUUGUGUUAUCAAAAAAAUAGAUUUAGUUAACAUGUUAAACGUUUGUGAUAGGCCUAACUUUUUUAACAGAUGAAACAUUUUCUUCAUUUUGGGGGCUACCGCUGAGAAGAACCACUCAGGCACUGAUACACUGAAGUGGUCAGGUGUUUUCCUAAUCAGAAUCCUGCUUGGGAGAUGGAGGUGAUUCGUCGCUCCUCUGUGUUUGCAGCCGGGGUGAUGGAGGCCUUUGACCAUUCCCCGUCCGACAAAGAACUGGUGUCCAAGUCCAAGGCACUGUGUAGGGACUACAUACACUCUAGGCUCAACCUCUAUGGGCUAGGCUCGUCCAAAACUCAGGUGGACUCAACGCUUUGUGAGGUGGCUGCUGUGCUUCUCUGUCUCGGUAAGGACCUGCUGCAAACUGCUACAUGUGAAACUUAACAUAUCAAAUAAGCAGCGUUUCUCUUGAGAAUCCCUAUGAUCCCUGAAUAGAUAUGGUACACACUGUACUGGUUUUGUCCACCACGUGUAUAUUGGGGCUUGCCUUGAGAUUAAGGACAGACGUGCAUGACCCAGACAGCUAUUAAAAGCGGCUGGCAGUCCGAGGUGAGGGCAAUCAAGCUACUAAAUGGUUCAGUUUGGUAUGCUAAUUAAGGCAGGUGAGAUGACACCUACAUACCCCACAGGGCCCUCUUGGUCAUCAUCUAGGUUUACUAAAUGGGUGGUGCAGGACCUGUAUGGACACACUGGUGGGUUAUGGGCUAUGGCUGAUUUGUUCAGCUUGGGUUGGUUUGUGGACAAGACAAUAGAUUUGUUUACUUUGUUGAUCACAACACAUCUCUAAAAGCUUGGUCACAGAGCCAAAAAGAUAGGGGAAAAACUGAAUUAGUUUCUAUGACCAGUCUGGUUUUCUUAAAGCCCCUGUGCUUCAAUGAUUGAUUCACUGUCUAAUUAAAGGGGCAAUCUGCAGUUGCUACAUCCAUUUUGGAUGUAUAAAUUAAUUAUAUGUACCCAUUGAUUCUUGAAGAAUAUAACUUUAUAAAUAAAUGCCUCAUGAGCUUAGUUCAACUGUCGUACCCCAUCAGAACCCAAAGUAUAAGCGUUUUUUACUCCAAUGUUUGUAAACAAAGUAGAUGUUAACAAACACUAUAAAGCCUCAAUAUGAUUUAAACUAUAAUUUUGAUAUCAUGGAUGGUCAGUCCUUGCAUCCAUAGCUCUGUCUAUGAAUUUGAGCGAUUACAUUUCUCCAGCCCUAUCCCUCAGCUUUUUACCGAAAUGGGCGGGGAGGCACUUUGUUAUUGUUUCAAUUGUGGAUUGCCCCUUUAAGUCAUUCAUUGGGUAGAUAGACCAGUCAUGCUUUCUCAGUGCUAUCCUGUUCCUAAAUGUUCAGCCUUGUGGUCUUCCCUGGUUUUCCAAGGUGAUGAGCUGGAGUGCAUGCGGCCCAGUGUCUACCGGAACGUGGCGAGACAGCUCAACAUCUCAGUAGCCAUGGAGACCAUGGUUUCCGAUGCCUUUGUCGCCGUGGCAACAGAGAUAUUCGCAGCAGGUGAAGAACUUCAAGGGGGGGAUGUUGCAUAAGCUGACCAGUCAGGGCUGAUUUGUCCCUUUAAGAAUCUGCACAACUCAAAUUUUAACGCAUUUUCCAUUGACAUGCAUGAUUUACUCAAGUCCCAAGUUAUGAGAACAAAUGUCAAGUUGUGGUUCAGCCCUAUGUGUUUAUAGGGGGUAAAUAAUCCUACAUGAGCUAUGAGGAAUGUGUGUUUUGGGACAGGGCUACAAGAUGUCUGGUUAUUUGAGACUAGUGUUUCUUGCAACACUUUGAUUCACAUUGUUUUGGUGAUAUAUUUUUCACACAGUAGUUACAUUUUCCGUUUGAUAAUCCCUAAAGGCAGAACAGGGUUAUCAUCUGACAGUCCAGGUCUCUAAACCACUACCCCCUAUUGCAGUUUCCUCUACCUCCAAAAAUGUCCCUUAAACCCUGGAAUGCUGUUUAAAUUGCUGAAAAUAUAGGGACACUCGACCCUGAACAUGUAUCAAAAACCCACAUACAUGUCUUAUCUUUGUCUGUCUACUUUGAUGUAGCUUUGAAACACGAGAACAUCGGGUGUGUGGAACAACUGUCUUAUUCCGUCACUGGUACAUACAAUCUCUGCUGUGUAAAAGCGUCACACAGUAGCCUACACCUUUAUUAUCUUUACUUUACAUCGUCUUUGUCUGUCUGUUGGACAUAGACAAGUUGAAACUUUGACAAAAACAUACAUUUCUAUUCUCUAACAACUCCCAUUCCGUCACUAGUACACACAGUUUCUGCUGUGGAUCAUGUCACUCCGGCAGGAUUAAAUAGCGAAAAGGUAAUUAAGUGUCACACAUGAAUUACUGCGACAUACACUAUGGGUUCCCUGGACCACGUUAAUAAUACAUCGCUCAAACUUGGCUCUGUGUCUGGAAAGAUAAAAAUGGCCUACAUUGGAAAGCAUUUAGGCAGAACUGUGACUGUUCUGACGUCACCAGGGGCAUUUUUGGACCCACCGUGGGAUUCCUCCAGAGAGAAAAACUCACUGUUGACCUAGGCAACGUUGGCCUUUUGGGAUGUGGGAUUAAACAGCAGUAUAUUUAUCAGACUGAAAAGAUAAGCAAGAUUGUUUACAUGUAAUGAUUGCAAUAGAGACUAAUGAAUAAUUAUUUUAUGUCAAUGAAAUGCUGCACUCAGAAAAAUGGAUUGUAAUGGAUCAAAAUCACAACUCUGAUCAUGAACUGUGCUUAAAAAAACGAUUGAAAUGAAGUCUUCCAACCAUAGACCAUUAUGACAUCAUUGCUUUUACAUUUGAUAAGGAAGUACUUUGGCUAAACGUUUCGCCUAACUUUUCCUCUUUUACUCAUUGCCAAGUGUACCAACUAAGCUUGCUUCCCCAAUGUCCCCAAUUUCUCUCCCUUUCCUUCUACUCCUAUCCCUUCUCUCCCUCCAUCUUCUCCUUAUCCCCAGACAAUCUCUCUAUUCUUGGCUGGGUCGUCUCACGUCAGGGUCAGAUCUCUGUAGGGAGUUAGACGACGUGAAUAACUCCCUGUUCCAGAGGGAGUUAGCUUGUUUAAGCCUUCCCUGAGGUCCAUAGAUCCCUAGAACCAGGUCACAGGUCAGUCAGUGAAGGCAAACAAAAUGGCCGCUGACAAAAAAGGCUUAAAGGAGGCUAAUGCCAUUAGCCUUCUUGUUGCAUCACAGUCAUAUGAAGAACUUCUGUUAGGUUGCUUCCUGUGAGCAACAGGUGUGCAUUUCUUUGUUUAUGAUUAUUUUGAAGCACGUGGAAAAUAGUAGAAAAUUAAUGUAAAUAAUUAUGAAAAACGGCGUCCGGUACCCCAGCGGUCAAGAGCGUUGGGCCAGUAACUGAAAGGUUGCUGGUUCGAAUCCCUGAGCUGAUUAAGUGAAAAAUCUGUCUAUGCCAUUGAGCAAGGCACUAAACCAUAAUUGCUCCUGUAAGUCGCUUUGGAUGAGUGUCUGCUAAAUGACUAUAAUGUAAAGAAAGAAGCAGUACUGCAAUGUGACGUCAUCUAUAAAAAUGGGUGAAUGUCUAUUCUCCAAACGCUGACGAAGGCUGCCGCCGAAACACAUGUGUUUGUUCUGACCUCUGCUGCUAAAAAAAUACAUUAAAGCAGGCUGGGUUUCUGUAUAGCACUUUGACAUCUGCUGAUGUUCAAAGGGCUUUAUAAAUACAUUUGAUUGAUUGAGUGCAGGUUUUUCCUUUCUUCAAGCAUCAGUCACAACAAGGCUGACACCCAAACGGCUUUACUAGGAAACUAAUGACCGUUUCUUUGAUGUAGAUCUCUGAUGCGAUCGCAACCGUCUUGCUCUUUCUCUCUGUUGGAUAAUAGAUAUACUGUACAGUUGACUUCUGAAGUAUGCAGUGUCUUGGGACUGCAUCUGUGCACUAGACUGGAGCAUGUAGAUUUAGAGCAAUUGAAAAUAAUGUACAAUGGGGUCCGAAAUUGACACCCUUGAUAAAAAUGUUCUAACAUUCCUCAAAAGGUAGGUGUCAAAAUGAUUGACACCCCUGUUUUCAAUACUUCAAACCACAGGGUUUCAAGUCCGGGGAGUGGAGACUGAGAUAUCAAUGCAAAAUGUUGAACCAGGUUUUUGGCUAAAAUGUCCUGGUACUGGGUAAAGUUAAUGAUGCCGUUGACCUUAACAAAGGCCCCAGGACCAGUGGAAGCAAAAUAGCCCCAUAACAUCAAAAACCCACAUUAGGUAUAGGGUUAUUUUCUGCUCAUGCAUUCUUAUUUCGAUGCCAAACCCACCAUUGCUGUGCGUGGCCAAAGAGCUCUAUUUUCUUGUCAUCCAACAAAUAUAAAUGCCUGGAGUUUGCUAAAUGGUAUUGGCACUUGGAUUUGAACUGGAGCUUUGGUCACAUGACAUGAAAAUAGAGCUCUUAUGGUCAUUGGCAUCAUGAACUUUACCCAGUACCAGGAGGCAGAAACUUGGCUGCACACAGUGCAGUUAAGGUUAGGUAUUGAGUGUCAAUUUUUACCCCUACCUUUUUAGAUUUGUUUAACAAUCUUUUAAAAUCUCUUUCUCUGAGCAAUUGUUUUACUAUAAAAUAUAAUUUCCCCUUUUUUGUGUGUGCCUCUAACGGCUCAGUAUUUGAAUUUUUUAUUUUAUAGGUCAUUUUUGCUUAUCUUUAUCAAGGGUGUCAAUAAUUUCGGACCCCACUGUAUUUUAAUUGGGACUGGUGAACUGCAAUGCACACUUAUCAGCAGUCUAACUGCCUCAACUGUUUUGAUAUGAGCUACGUACUUUUCAUUAAUGUUGCAGUAUUGCAAUAAAUAGCAUGAAGCAUCAUGAUCAACUAACCACAAUCAGCCAACUGAUCCGUGAUUCUCGCUCUCUCCUGCCCAUAGGUAUCACAUGGGGGAAGGUGGUAUCUAUGUAUGCCGUGGCCGGGGCUCUGGCGGUGGACUGCGUGCGACAGAACCAGCCAGCUACGGUCCAAACCAUAGUGGACAGCCUGGGUCAGUUUGUCCGCAAGAACCUGGCCCCUUGGCUGAAGAAACGCGGAGGAUGGGUGAGUGGCUGGACUGUUGUUGCUGACCAAGGGACAGUUUUGUUUCGUAACUACCACAUCGUUGUGGUUUAAGUAAGAGGAAGCGUAUUGAAGCGCAGCUGGCGCAUUCAGGAGCAGUCCUCCCCUCCAUGUAGUUUUUUGAAGGAUGCAGUUUCGCCUAUGCUGCCGUCUAGUGGUUUCCAGUGGAAAUGCAGGGGCAACAUUACCAGAUUUAGGCUUAUUUUCAAUUCCUUACAUCCUCCUCUCCUCCUCAAAGCUCUUAGAAGAUCCAAGGUUAUUUUCCUCUGACCAAUGCAUUUUGAGAAGGAGGUAAGGAUGGAGGACGCAAGGAAUGUCCUGAUAGUUUGUCUUUGUCUUUUUCCAGGCAGACAUUAAGAAGUGUGUGGUGAAGUUAGAUGCUGUUCCUCAGCCCCAUUGGCUGUCUCCCAUUGCCCAAUCCUGCAAGCACUUUCUGUCAACACUGUACAUCUACAUUAUGAAGGAGCCAUGAAAGACUUGGGAGAAUAGUUGUGGUUGAACUGACAUGCGCUUGAAGUCCUGAUGCUUCAGAUGGACAGCCACUGACUUUGAUGGAACCGAUUAUCUG